UUGUUUCCAGACAUCAUGGUCAACCCUGAAAAAACAUUAGACAUUUUGUUGCUGUUUGAGCUGUUGUGCAACAGUCACAUAGUUGACCACGUGAUCUGCAGAAACUGUCGACCUCUGUUGCUAGCUAGGGAAAGCCAACCGAGGGGACUUGACGAACUGACGUUCGUCACAAUGGACCAAACCAAAGAAAAUGAAGAUUACGGAUACGACUUAUUCCCAGAGAGGAAGGGGAGCAGGUUAAAGAAGGGAUCGGUCGCCGAGAGGUUAUUCACUUUCAAUCACAAGUGUCAGGCCAUGCUACAUUUCGCAGUUAAUUCUAGUCCUUAUGCUAAACUUCUGCUCAGUGCUAUGAACAGUUCAGGCUGCAAAACAUUCAAAGACCGUCAUUUUUCCUGUGAGGAUUGUGACGGCACAGUCAGCGGCGGCUUCGAUUCAGUUUCUUCUCAAAUUGUCUUAUGUCAGAACAACAUCCACCAGCAGUCCCACAUGAACCGCGUGGUCACACACGAGCUCAUCCACGCCUUCGACCACUGCCGGGCCCACGUGGACUGGUUCAGCAAUCUCAAGCACCUUGCUUGUUCUGAAAUUCGUGCAGCUAACCUCAGUGGAGACUGUUCCUUUUCCAAUGAAGUUUCCAGGUUAAACCUGGGCCUGAAGCAGCAUCAUCAGGAGUGCGUCAGGGCCCGUGCUCUUCUGUCCAUUCUGGCGGUGAGAAAAAUAAGUCAAGAGUACGCAGAGAAAAUAGUGGACGAGGUCUUCGAGCCCUGCUUCAACGACCACGCGCCUUUCGGACGAAUCCCACACAGUAAAAAGGACGCCAAGUUCGCCAACAGAGAUUAUGACAACAGACAACGUUAUUAUGCAAACCUUUAAUAUUAUCCUGGGGACAUUUGGCUGCUGAGCUGCUGUGACUAACAGUUGAAAGAAAAAAAAAACCCUCCACAGAUUGACUUGGAAAAGGAUUUCCAGAGAAGGAUUUGUUCGUGGGACGGAGAAGAAAAAGACGGAUCCAGGGUUCCACCUCCUAACUGAAGCACACAGUUUUUGCUAAGAGAAGACUGCAGUGUGGACUUUUCUGUAAUUUCUGUUCGACCAGAUCAGGUUUUUAAACGACCAACAGGUGCUUUUUAGAGAAAUGUGUGUCUAGUCAUUCAUUUUGACAACAAAGACUUCACGGCAUCUCCACCACUUCACAACUGUUGCCGCUUGACCUCUAAAUAAUUUCAUGCAAACCGAGCUGAUGAAAUGAUUCUCCUGCAUUUGAAUAAAGUUUAAUCCUCCACUAAAGUCUGUAGACGUGUGAAAUAACAAUCAACCUCUAAUAAAAAACGAGUCGACGCACAUUGGCUUUAAAAUCUGA